AUGGAAGGCAGUGGCCAGGGGAGGGGCUGCUCGUGGCUUCUUUCUGGGCUCUUAGCCCUGGGGUUCUUGUGCAUGCAUUUUAGCUGGGUGGAACCUUUGGAUUGUGCUGCCCGGAUUCUGCCUUCCCGUGUGAAUGAGAUCUUUGUUGCCAGGCAACAUGGCUUUACUCUCACAUCCAAAAGUGCCCAGUUCCUACACAGCUACUGGCUUCUCUACUUCGAGGCAGCUCCCUUCGUGGGGAUUUCCUUGGUACAGCUGUGGGCCUGGGUACCCAACGCCCCGCAUGCUACUGAGCUUAUUCUGGAGUUCAAGGAUCAUCGGAGGGGCCCCUCCAAAUUCCUCCUGGGCUCUUUCCCCGUUAUCUUCUCAUCUUAUCACUCAGAGACUGGAUCUUUACUGGAGAUCUACUGUUUACUAACAUAUUGGAUGGAGGUGGUGCCUACCCUCUUGACAGAAGAAAAGAUUCCAUCCACUGAUGUGGCCGAUGUCCGCCUGAAUGAGUGUUCCAGCACCCAAGGCAAGCGAGAUAUGGUGCUGCUGUUCAUAUCUUCAGCCUUCAGCCAGCCGCCUCUGUUUCACCUGCCUUACGUCCAGGAGCCCUUCAUCGCUAACGUGGAACAGCUGAUCCUGGGAACGCCGGGCCAGAAUCCCUGGGACGUAGACCCGGGCCAGACUCCACUUCCAGCAGAGAAGCUCUGUCACCUGGUGGAUCGCAAGGUGAACCUUCACAGAGCUACCUGGGGCGAGUGUAUUGUCGCCCCCAAGACUUUCAGCUCCCCUCACUGUCAGGGAACCUGCCUGGCCCUGAACAGUGAGUUCCAUCAGCCCAACCUUGAGUGCCACAAGAGGGAUGCACCCACCUGUCCCCAGCUCUUCCGGGCCUGUGUUCCCACCAAGGUCAGGCUCCUCUCCUUGAUGGUCCAGGAUGACGAACACAAGAUGAGUGUGCACCAUGUGAACACAUCCCUGAUAGAAAAGUGUGGUUGCUCUUGAGAUGCCCUGGAGCCUCCUGCAGGCCCACGCAUGCUUGCACUCGGGAUUCUAGUUAGCUGCUGGGGUUGGUCCUCAUAUUGAUUAGAGUCCCCUGGAGGGCGGUGGGAUUUGGCUAUUUCUCAAAGCAUGGUAGAAAGGAAGGCAUUAUGGGGGUAACUCUAAUACUUCUCAGUAUGGGCUGAGGCCCCUUAAAUUCUGUUUCUAGUCAUUGUUUUCACUGGGCUGGCUAAUUGUGGGUGGAUGUCCAUUGCUGUGUCCUAGACCCUGUGAACAGGACAGCCUUGGUGCCACUAUAGGGGUUAUUUAGGUGGGGAAACAGGAGCUCAAAUGGAGGCUAAAACUGGAUUAAAUAGGGCUCUGCUUUGGACCCUUCUAAGCUGUUCCACUGCUAUUGUCUCUGUGAUAGGCCUGGGGCUGCUCCAAAGUGGGCAUAAGCCUUGGAAUGACAGCAUCCUUGUCUUUGGAAUAAAUGAACGCUGUCCCAGGGAGCAUUCUAUCAUGGGCUAGUCGUGGGUGUAGGGCACCAGAUCUUUUACUAACCAUUGGGUGCUGGUUGUCAACUGCAUGGGAGGUUCCAGGAAUGAUGGACAUAGCUCAAGACAGAUCCUUGGUGGAUUGAUCCUUGGCCUUAUGGAAGGAUUAAGUCCUGUAUUCAAGAAGCUUCUGCCUAUGACUUCAGCUGAGUGGUGUUAGCUUUUUUUUUUUU